ACGGUUUUUGGCGGGGACUCCCAAAGAGUGUACGUGUGCAGUUUUUGUACCUGCCAUUUGAAUACCAUCGUGAUAAGAUCCCAUAGUUUGUUCAUACUUAUUGUGUCCAAUUUCAUCGACGAAGAAUUUGCGAUAUUCUCUAUAAUUUCUCUAACGGCUUCGUGAUUGUACACCGUCUGAAGUUUGGUUAGGUCUUUUAUAAGACGAUUUGAAGUCAAACCAGCGAUUAAAUCCUCAAGAACUGGGCGUAUCAGAAGAACAUAAUAGCUUAUUGUUUCAAAGUUUGAUAGACGAUAAUCGAUCGUCAACAUUUUCAGCAAUUCGAGUCGACGCACCGGAAGCAUGGCCGACGCAGGUCAGAACGACAUAGGCAAUCGUCUCGUGCGCCUCCUGGAUGAGCAGAACCUAAUCAUUCCAAUAUCGGUGGUUUUUAUGCAGGAGGUUACUAAUUUAGGACGAGUAGAUCUCGUUUAUGAGCUAUUACUCACAAACGGUUUGUUAGGCGACUUGACGGUAGAUGGCAAGAAUUGCGUCAAGAGCGCUGAAUUCAGAAAAAAAGGAACUGAAGCCUUUGUGAAGAAAAAAGGGGAACUUGCUGUGGAACUUUAUACUCAAAGUGUCGCACAUGCAGAAAAGAAUAGCAAGGAAUUGGCAUUUGCUUAUGGAAACAGAUCUGCAGUUCUCUUUGAAUGGGGAUUAUAUAAGGAAUGUUUGGAGGAUAUAGAGCGUGCAAUUCAGAAUAAUUAUCCUAAAGAUGUAAUUGGGAAACUGGAAAAUCGAAAAUCUAAAGCCAUUGAACUAUUGCCAUCGCAAUUUCCCAUUGGAUUCUUAACUACACCACCGGAAAUCCCAGAGAAAGAUCGCAAUCCUUUGAUUGAUUGCGCAACUAAUUUAGUGAAAAUAGAAAACUCUAAUACGGAUGGACGCCGGGUUAUUGCUUGCAGAGAUAUAGAACCUGGGGAAAUCAUUGCUAUAGAAGAUCCGAUAUUCAAAUAUCCUUUAGAGAAAUUGUUUACACAUUGUCACCACUGUCUUAAAUUGUGUUACAACUUGAUACCUUGUGAGAAGUGCACUCAAACAUUAUACUGCAAUGAAAAGUGUUUAGAAGAUGCUAAGAUGUAUCAUAAGUAUGAGUGUCCUAUAUUGUUGACUAUGAAAGAUUAUGAAAUAAAUGAUUUGGAACUGAUGUCGAUGAAAAUUGCCCUUGUUGUUAGAGAUAAAUACGAUUGUUUAGAUCAGUUAGCUACGACAGACGGAAGUGGUGUAUAUCGAAGUGACAGAUACGAUGAGAUUCAUAAUUUAGUUGGAAACACUGAAAAAAGAUGCAUGGCAGAUUUGUUUAACAGGGCUGCAACCAGCGCAACGUUAUUUUACUUGGUUAAACACUUCACUAGCUUUUUCGGUGAUGAACAAGAUUCGAAAUACGAAGACAUUUUCAAGGAGUUAGUAUUGUUCCACAGACAGACAGCACCGUGCAACUUUCAUGAGAUUACUGAACGUAUAGGAUCAGGAGAACCUUACUCUAUAGGAACAGGAGCUUAUUCUUUCCUCAGUUUGUUUAACCAUUCUUGCUGCCCUAAUGUUGUUCGGUACUCGUAUGGAUCAACAGCAAUCCUUAUAGCUGAAGAAUUAAUUAAAAAAGGUCAACAGUGCUAUGAUAAUUAUGGAUACCAUUAUGCUCUUAUGCCCAAAUUAGAAAGGCAAGCUAAACUAAAGAAACAAUACUUUUUUAAUUGUACUUGUGAGGCUUGCGAGAAAGACUACCCUCUCUAUCACAACUUACCUAUAAUAUUAACAUUAGGACAGAUUUCCUUGGAAGACAUCCGGUUCAUACAAGAUGGAAAUUUGGAAGAAGCCAAGAGAAUAUAUAAGGAAGUUGCAGUUAAAAUCAGAAGUGUUUAUCAACUCAAACCUAAUAAAAACUUAGCAGAUCUCCAAGAAGCUUUAAAAGCAUGUUAUUUUUUGUUUGAAACUAUCAAAACUCCAUUUUAGUUUAUUUUAGUAUUAUGUUGUUUCUCAUAGUGUUAUCGGUUAUUUGCUUAUGCAAUUUUACUUUUUCUUUAUAUUUUUACCUCCAAAAAGUCUUAAAAGAACACUAUGAAAAUUCCAUUUUGGUUUAUUUUUAUAUUAUGUUGUUCCUAAUAGUGAUUUCGUUUAUUUGUUUAGGCAAAGUUGUGCCUUUUGUUGAUAUUUUUAUCUUCCAGAAGCUUUAAAAGCAUGUUAUGUUUUUUGUUUGAAAAUAUCAAAACUUCAUUUUAGUUUAUUUUAGUAUUAUGUUGUUCCUCAUAUUGUUAUCGUUUAUUUGUUUAUGCAAUUUUGUCUUUUCUUUAUAUUUUUACCUCCCAAAAGUUUUAAAAGCAAACUGAAAUUUCCAUUUUAGUUUAUUUUUGUAUUAUGUUGUUCCUAAUAGUGAUUUCGUUUAUUUAUUUAGGCAAAGUUGGGUCUUUUAUUGAUUUAGAUUUAUAAGCAUGCUAUUUCUUGUUUGAAACUCCCAUAAGCCCAUAUCGUUUUAUUUUAGUAUUAUAUUGUUUCUAAUAGUGUUUUUAUUCAUUUGUUUAGGCGAUUAUUCCGUUUAUUUAUAUUUUUAUUUUAUUUUCUUUAAUAUUUAUUUUGAAUAAAUAUGUUCCUAAAAUU